UCGACAAAUAACCAUUUCUUACUCUCCUCAGGAGUGCAAACCAAAAGAAGAAGAAGAAGAAAGAUGGCGUCUUUUGCGCAGCAAAUUGGUGGCCUGAGAUGCCUUCCACUAUCCAAUUCUCGUCUCUCAAAGUCGUCUUCCUCAUCCAGACUGCAAACCCAAAAGCCCAAUUCGCUGAAAGUUGUUUCAGCUGUGCCCACAUCUGCUAAUGCGCAGGUUAAGGAGAGGCAGAAACUCAAACAGUUGUUUGAGGAAGCUUAUGAGAGAUGCCGUACUUCCCCUAUGGAGGGCGUUUCCUUCACCAUUGAAGAAUUUCACUCUGCUAUUGAAAAGUACGACUUCAAUUCAGAAAUUGGCACCAAAGUAAAAGGAACGGUUUUCAACACAGAUGCAAAUGGGGCAGUUGUUGACAUUACUGCAAAAUCUUCAGCAUUCUUGCCUUUGAGAGAAGCAUGCAUUUACAAUCUUAAGCAUGUAGAAGAGGCAGGCAUAGUUUCUGGAUUACGCGACGAAUUUGUAAUCAUUGGUGAGAAUGAACGCGAUGAUAGCUUGAUCUUGAGCUUACGGUCAAUCCAAUAUGAUCUUGCGUGGGAAAGAUGUAGACAACUUCAAGCUGAAGAUGUUGUUAUAAAGGGAAAGGUUGUUGGUGCAAAUAAAGGUGGAGUUGUCGCGAUGGUGGAGGGUCUUCGAGGAUUUAUUCCCUUUUCACAGAUAUCAACUAAAUCAGCGGCAGAAGAUCUUCUUGACAAAGAGCUUCCACUUAAAUUUGUUGAGGUUGAUCAGGAACAAACUAGGCUUGUGCUAAGUAACCGUAAGGCCAUGGCUGAUAGCCAGGCACAAUUAGGAAUUGGUUCGGUUGUUAUUGGAACUGUUCAAAGUCUGAAACCUUAUGGUGCUUUCAUUGACAUUGGUGGAAUCAAUGGUCUUCUUCAUGUUAGUCAGAUUAGUCAUGAUCGUGUAUCUGAUAUCUCAACAGUUCUUCAACCUGGUGAUACACUUAAGGUCAUGAUAUUGAGCCAUGAUCGUGAAAGAGGCCGUGUAAGUCUCUCCACUAAGAAGUUGGAGCCUACUCCUGGUGACAUGAUUCGCAACCCAAAACUUGUGUUCGAGAAGGCUGAGGAAAUGGCCCAAACAUUCAGACAGAGGAUAGCUCAAGCAGAAGCUAUGGCUCGCGCUGAUAUGCUAAGAUUCCAGCCAGAGAGUGGGUUGAGUUUGAGUUCUGAAGGGAUCUUGGGUCCAUUGUCUACUGACUUGCCCCUGGAAGGUCUUGAUCUGAGCGAUGUUCCGCCAGCUGAUGACUUAUGAGUGUGAACUUGUUAUGAGGUGAAAAUAGGCAUUAUCGAUCUUUGCAUUUCAAUUCUUGGAAGGGUUGUAAAAAUGUUUUGUAUACUAUUAUUAAUGAGUUAUAUAUUUUGAUUUGACCUA